UGCGACCAAUUCCCUGUCUGUUACUCCUGCUACCACCGGAUCGCGUUUUGCGUUUGGACAAGACAGUAUAAAAGAGGACCGAAAACAGCAGAGAGAUCAUACUAGUUCCUCGCAGCCAGUAAACCACUUCAACCGCCAAGAUGUUCAAGCUGUUCGUCCUUGCCGCCGUUAUGGCCGUAGCUGCUGCUGCACCCGCACCUGCACCUGCUCCGGGCGGUCUCAUCGCAGCUGCGCCAUUGGCAUACAGCAGUUAUGCAGCUGCGCCUGUUGCCUACUCCGCACCUCUGGCUUACUCUGCACCUUUGACUUAUGGUGCCGUUGCAGCUGCACCUCUUGCCUACAAGAGCUACGCCGCUGCACCAGUUGCUUACAGCGCCCCUUUGGCUUACAAGGCGGCAUACACUUAUACGGCGUUAGAGCUUCGGUUUGGUCAUUUCGCAAGGUUUAGGGGGGUCGUUGAAUGGGGGGUCAGCCGAUCGCGGUAUAAAAUCAGCAUGCGUGGGCGGUCAUCAUCACUUGUCUACGACACGUUGAAUCCUCCAGAUAAUUACAACAUGUUCAAGUUGGCUUGCAUCCUCGCCCUUGUGGCUGCCGCAUCUGCAGCUAUCGUGCCUGCUGCGCCAGUUGUAGCUGCUGCAGUUCCAGCACCAAUUGUAACAGCCAGGAGCAGCCAGGUCAUCGCUAGGAACUACAACACCCUUGCUGCAGCUCCGCUGGCUUAUACCGCACCUGCUGUUGCUGCACCUUUGACCUACAGCGCGCCUGCUCUUGUUGGUGGUCCUUUGGCUUACAGUGCUCCGGCUCUUGGUGCACCUCUGGCAUACAGCGCACCUGCGGUUGCUGGUGCUCCCCUGGCCUACAGCGCACCUGCGAUUGCUGGUGCUCCUGUGGCUUACACCGCACCUGCAUUUUCCUCUCCUCUUCUGCUCAAGAAAUAAGAACAUUUCGUCUAUGCCUGUUGAUCUAUUUUUCUAUUGAAUAAAUCGUUGAAACUAUA